ACCAGCCGCUCUGCCCGCUUGUAGCAGACUGGUUGAUUUAUCAGACGCUAGUCGUCCUCCACCAACGCAGCAGACUUGGGAACCGUGUGUUUCACGCGGUCCGUGUGGACAGAGAAUGCCUGGAAAGUGACUCCAGAAGACGGUGGGACUACCCGGACGCUAGCGCUUGUUUCAGCGGGUGCGCUAACCCGAGUGUCCUGCGCGUACUCCGCAUCAUUGGGGCUGAUGGAGCUGGGGACUCGACACCUGCUGUGUACCAGGGAGCCUGAUCCAUUCCAUAUAUCCAGUAAACAAUAACUGUCCUUAAAAUCAUUCCCCCAUGCUUACCCCUAAAUUGCCCCAGUGGUGAUAUCAUUCAAACCUGUUAAUCUUAGGCAUGAUUGGCAAACUGAAACAGAACCUGUUGGUGGCCUGUCUGGUCAUCAGCUCGGUGACGGUCUUUUACCUGGGCCGCCACGCCAUGGAGUGUCAUCAUCGCAUUGAGGAGCGCAGCCAGCCAGGUGGAGUACUGCCGCUAUCGGCGUUGGGAGGCAGUAUGCGGACCACCUUACGGACAGGCCAGAAUCUCAGCACACCUUUUGUUUAUAACAAAGACAUGCCACUCAUCUUUAUUGGUGGUGUACCCCGAAGUGGGACAACCCUUAUGAGAGCUAUGCUUGAUGCUCACCCAGAUGUGCGUUGUGGUGAAGAAACACGUGUCAUUCCACGUAUUUUGGCCAUGAAGCAAAUGUGGAGUCGUUCGGGUCGAGAGAAGAUGCGGCUUGAUGAGGCUGGUGUGACAGAUGAGGUUCUGGAUGCCGCCAUGCAGGCCUUUCUGCUGGAAAUCAUCGUCAAGCACGGCGAGCCUGCCAACUUCCUCUGCAAUAAAGACCCCUUUGCACUUAAGUCGCUUUCUUACUUGGCCAAGAUUUUUCCUCGUGCCAAGUUUGUGCUAAUGAUUCGUGAUGGACGGGCUUCAGUUCACUCUAUGAUCUCACGGAAAGUGACCAUUGCAGGCUUUGACCUAGGUAGCUACCGUGACUGCCUGACCAAGUGGAAUCGGGCUAUAGAAACUAUGUACACUCAGUGCCUGGAGGCAGCGGACAAAUGCCUGCCUGUACACUAUGAGCAACUGGUUCUCCAUCCUGAGAAGUGGAUGCGGACUCUGCUGAAAUUCCUCAACAUUUCUUGGGAUAAUGCUGUCCUCCACCACGAAGAGCUCAUUGGGAAAGCAGGAGGAGUUUCACUUUCCAAGGUGGAGAGGUCCACGGACCAGGUCAUCAAGCCGGUGAAUGUGGAGGCCUUGUCCAAGUGGGUGGGAAAGAUCCCGGCUGAUGUGGUGAGAGACAUGGCUGUCAUCGCUCCCAUGCUUUCCCGGCUGGGCUACGAUCCACAUGCCAACCCCCCCAACUAUGGUCAGCCUGAUGCCAAAGUUCUGGACAACACCAGGAGGGUCUUUAAAGGUGAAUUUCAGCUGCCAGAUUUCCUAAAAGAGCAAUCACAGAUGCAGAAGUCUGCAGAGAAACCCAACCCGAGUUAGGAUGCGAGGGGGCGUGGCGCUGCAGCACACAGGAAUGUGGAUCAGAAGAGGUCACCCCACCAUGCUGGACUCCAUCAUGACUCAUCGGUCACGUCAGCUCUGCUCCUGUGAGCCGCCGCCCCCCUCCCCUGCUCAGGAGAACUCUCAGCCUUCAGUGUCGUACCUUAAACGAGAAACUUUCUCGGCACCAACGAAUGUCUGCUGAUGCUUUCAUUGUGUCACAUCAUGCUCAUCCACUCAUGUUUAAAGAGAAACUGUGAUUCUGUUGUAAGAAACUACAGUGAACUGAAAUAUUUAUGAAUGAAAGAUCAACUCCUGGAAGAUGCAAUACUUCUUUUAAUGUUUAAUUUUCUUCAUGCCUUUGUAUUGUGCAAUCUCAUGGGUACUGAUCAGUCAAAUGUAUCAACCGUGAAAAACAAUGCUUUUUUAUAUAAAAACCA